UCUUGCCUCGCUCCGUUUUCCUCCACAACCAUGUCUGACAAACCCGAUGUGGCUGAGACUGAGAAAUUCGAUAAAUCAAAAUUGAAGAAGACAGAAACGCAAGAGAAAAACCCCCUGCCUUCAAAAGAAAUGAUUGAGCAGGAGAAGCAAGCUGGUGAAACAUAAUGAGGCAGGCG